AAUCACGUUAGCUGAAAGCGCAUUUGGUGAUUGGUGGCGGGACAUUAUGUCGUCACUUCCGGCGGCGGCGAAGCCGGUAGUUUGCUCGGGUGGUCGCGCGCGCGGAACAGAACUAGAGGGAUCUGGCAAAGGAUACCGGUUCCCCCGCCCCGCCCUGCCAUGGCGUCCCUGCUUAAGGUGGACCCGGAAGUUAAGAUCAAGGUAGACUCUUUCAGGGAACGGAUCACAAGUGAAGCUGAGGAUCUGGUGGCAAAUUUUUUUCCAAAGAAGCUUUUAGAACUCGAUGCGUUCCUGAAGGAUCCCAUUCUGAACAUUCACGAUCUCAACCAAAUCCACUCAGAUAUGAAUCUUCCUGUCCCAGACCCAAUCCUGCUCACAAACAGUCAUGAUGUACUGGAUGGGCCCAAUAUGAAAAAAAGGAAGUUGGAAGAUUGUGAAGAGACCUUUCAGGGUACCAAAGUCUUUGUCAUGCCUAAUGGGAUGUUGAAGAGCAACCAGCAGCUGGUGGACAUCAUUGAGAAGGUGAAACCCGAAAUCCGGCUGCUGAUUGAGAAAUGCAACACGGUCAAAAUGUGGGUACAGCUGCUGAUUCCCAGGAUAGAGGAUGGCAACAACUUUGGUGUUUCUAUUCAGGAAGAGACUGUGGCUGAACUCCGAACUGUGGAGAGUGAGGCAGCUUCAUACUUGGACCAGAUCUCUAGAUACUACAUCACACGGGCAAAGCUGGUUUCUAAAAUAGCAAAAUAUCCCCAUGUGGAGGAUUACCGUCGUACGGUAACUGAAAUGGAUGAAAAGGAAUACAUCAGUCUGCGGCUCAUCAUUUCGGAGCUGAGAAAUCAAUAUGUGACUCUGCACGACAUGAUCCUAAAGAACAUUGAGAAGAUCAAGCGACCCCGGAGCAGCAAUGCGGAGACCCUCUACUGAGCUGUUGUGAAUCUGAACUUAUGAAUUGUUCAGUAGGCUCAGGACAGUCUCUUUGCCUCAAUUUAUGUGACUAUCAAGAUGGGGAAGCUGGCUGGAAACAGUCCUCGUUACACUUUUAGUUAAAAAUCUAAACAAACUCUCUCUUAGCUCUUUCUGGUUGGUUUUUAUUUGGGUGUUGGGAUUUGCCUCCAUCUCUUGACAUCCAGAAGGUAUGGGGCAAUGCUUCUAUUCCUACUUGGGUGGGAACAGGAUAGUGGCCAACCUGCUCCAGGCAAGAAUCCCAAUGUCAUCAGCACCGAAUGACCCUGCUCUGUAGCAGCCCAGAGGGACUCUCCCUUCUAGGUAGCGUAUCUUUGACCCAGUCAAGAGCAGCAUCAAGUCGUGCUAAGGCCUGGUUUGUUUGAUCAUUAGCACCGCCACUUCAGUCUUCCCAUUGAGAAAUACAGUUUGGGGGAAUGAGUGCCCUUUUCAUCUCACGUGGCCAUCCAUACCCACUCUUGUGACCUGUCCAAUCAUGCAGAUUCUAAUGCUGCUUUGUAAGUUUUUCCUCCCUGCCCCUAUUGAGUUCUUUCACGGCUCCUGUUUGAAAUCCACAUUAAUCUCUUCCAGCGUUCUACAAGUAAGUAGCUCUCCUCUUGAUAUGGCACUCCUUUGCCUGACGGGGAACCCUUAUGCAACCCUUGAGUGCAGUGGGCAGUGCCUGGAUCUUGGGUUGGGGCAAGGCAGGCCUCCUUAAGACAACCAGCCCAGCAGAAUUGGCUUGUCUAAUAGUGGCAUGAUUGAGCAAGUAUUUAAAGACCUAAAGUCAUUCUUGUGUUUGUUUUCUCUCUCUCCAACCCUCAUAAAUAAGCCUAGCAGCUUCUGGAGGGGCCCUUUCUGACCUUCCAGGAAAACCCUGGAAAGUGUGUCUAGGUCUUGGCUCCCUCAUUUUGAAUGCAUCAUGCUAGGCUUCUUCAGUUUUGCUCUUUUCUAGUCUUCAAGAAAGCAGGAAGGGGGUGCCAACUAACUGGGAUGCUGCAGUUUCCCUUGAGAUUUACUCUUAAUCUUUAUAUUCCUCUUGUGCCGUAGUCUUGUGAGUGGUGUUAGAUUUGUAAAAACAGUGGCAGGGUGAAUGAAGUUUCUGGGGCCCCUCUCUCCUUGGUUGCUUUUUUGAAAACAAUCUCCCCUCUGCCAGCUCCUAAUGGACACAGGAAGCUCCUCUUCCCUAUGCUCUGUGCACAUGCCUUUGUCAUUGUCAUUUGUAGCUGGGCAAGCCUUAGUCUUCCCCGGAGUACAGACUCUCGUAACAGCUGCCCUCGUUGUAGCUGCUACCCGAGAGUAGCUCUCCUGUGUUUCUUUGUAUUGGCUGCUUUGCUGGAUUGUUCAUAUUUCCUUGCCACAUUGAACGUAUGUACAACUUUUACUAUGUUGACAAAUUAAAAGUAAUAGGUACUUCGAAUUCAUCCUCGGCAGUCACCAUGUGUACUGGUGGGUUGGCAUUCAGGAUCUUUGCCUGUUGCUCAUACAGUCUCAUCUCCCAUCUUGCCUGCACUUCUUUGGAUUUUCUCCCAUUGCAGCAGUGAGUCAUGUUGAGUUAAAAUGGAAUGUUACCUCCUCUGACCUUGGGCAUAGCUGUAACAUGAGAAAUAUGGAAUGUUAGGUCUAGUGGGCCCUGUCUAUGAUUGAGAAGGGGCAUUGGUUAAGUCCCCAGCCUCUGCUUCAGACACUAUUAAUACUUAGUACAGUACCACAUCAUUGCGUUGAUCUUUGCCGUUCCUGGCUCUGAAAUCUAAAAACCUGCUCAUUGUGAGGUUCUGGAUAUGAUGUCUAUUGUGGUAUCAAUCCUUUGUCCAACUGACUUCAAGGCUGAAAUAAUAUUAACCAGGUGCAGAUGCAAUAUGGCAUGGUCGCGGCUCACAGUGGCCACCUUUACUUCACUUUUGCCAAAAGUGAGCAGAGCAAAAUGUCUUAAGUGCUAUGGAUGUAACAGAGCAGGAUGUAUGUGAAUUAAGGAUGCCUGUUAGAUUCUGUGGAGAGCGGUCUUUGAAUAAACGAAGCGCAUCUCCAUAGUA